UCUGUAAACAUGACGGUCACAUACAGCAAUCGUGUGGCAGAUGCUAAGCUUGGCACUUUCUCUCGGUUGCUCCUUCGCUGGAGAGGCAGCAUCUACAAAUUAUUAUACAGAGAGUUCUUCAUCUUCAUCGGCUUAUACUUCACUAUCAGUGUCACCUACAGGCUUCUUCUCAAUGUGCAACAGAGGAUUCACUUUGAGCAGUUGGCACUUUACUGUAACAACUAUGCAGAGCUAAUUCCAGUGUCGUUUGUCCUAGGUUUUUAUGUCACCCUGGUGGUUUCCCGAUGGUGGGCCCAGUAUGAGAGUGUGCCAUGGUUAGACCGUAUCAUGUGUUUGGUGUCCAGUAAUGUACAUGGGACAGAUGAGCGAGGGAGGAUGCUGCGACGGACACUUAUGCGUUACGCCAGCCUCUCGGGUGUUCUGAUACUGCGUUCCAUUAGUACUGCAGCUUACAAGAGAUUCCCUACCCUUCAGCAUGUUGUCAAUGCUGGUUUCAUGACACCAUGUGAACGUGUGAAAUUUGAAGCCAUUUCUUCUCCCCAUAAUAAGUUCUGGAUUCCAUGUGUCUGGUUCGCCAAUCUGGCCGUGACAGCGAGGACAGAAGGACGAAUCCGGGAUGGUUUUGUGUUGCACCUCAUCCUGAAUGAACUGAAUUCAUUGCGCUCACAGUGUGGAAGGUUGUUUGCCUACGACUGGAUCAGCAUUCCAUUGGUGUAUACUCAGGUGGUCACAGUGGCUGUAUACAGCUUUUUCCUGGCUUGCCUAAUUGGCCGUCAGUUCCUAGACCCUACAAGGGGCUACCCUGGCCAUGAACUAGACCUGUAUGUCCCCGUAUUUACCCUGCUGCAAUUCUUUUUCUAUGCUGGUUGGUUGAAGGUGGCUGAACAGCUGAUCAACCCAUUCGGGCAAGAUGAUGAUGACUUUGAGACAAACUGGUUAAUUGAUAGAAACUUUCAGGUCUCUCUGAUAGCUGUGGAUGAAAUGCACCAGAAUCUGCCCCCACUGGAAAAAGAUAUAUACUGGAAUGAUACUGACCCACAGCCUCCAUACACUGCUUCCACGGUAGACACCCGUAGACCAUCAUUCCUUGGCUCUGCUUUUGAUAUCAGUUUGCAAAAAGAGGAUUUGGAAUUUCCCCCUCUUGAGCAAAUUAAUGAAAAUGAAGAAGCCAAUCAUUCAACGCCAUUGCUUGGACCUCUGGGGCGUCUUUUGGGUGUUCAUUCUCCAAGUCCACUUCGCACAAACUCACGCCUGAGCUUGUUGAUGAGACGCAGGAGCGGCAAUCCCCAGGCACUACACCAUUUUAAUCAUAGAGAUACUGAAAACCCAAGAGGUGGGGAAGCCCUACGUGACCUUAAUGUUUUUAUGAGCACACCUUUCUACGAGAGGCCUGGAUUUUAUAGUGCCCCUCAAACACCUCUAAAUGGAGGUCCUGCAUUCUGUCCUGCUCGCUUCUCUGUGCAAGGGACAACCAAUGUUUGCUCAACACAACGUAACAGGAAGAUGGGGACAUGUAGUGAAAAUGAAGAAGAGACAUCCAGUCUUUCUUCGGGGUCCAAAGAGUGCUUUGUGUGGCCUCAGGGGGGUACAGAAGACCAGGAGGAAGCGAUGGUCAGCAGCAGCGAAAGUGUUCCUGUUAUGAAAACUGAGCAACCUGUGCAGAGCCCUAUACAGAUCCCAAGAAGAUUAGUAAGAGCCCCGGGUGUCUCUGCAUUACUUCUGGGAAACCAAGCAUUAGCUUCACCUGAUGUUCGGCACACUCCAGUUCACAAGACAUCUCGUCCCAUUUUUUCAUUUUCUCCAGUAAACUCCCCAAGUUUGCAAAGGGCUUCCAGAAUCUCUCAUCUGCUGACGGAUGCAAUCCCUGAUGGAAGCAGCAAAGAGCAGCAAGGAACACAGUGUUCCUCCCCCAAGGACUCAGGCAUCAGUCUAGCUGAAGGAGACUUUACACAGCUUAUGGAGGUUAUAAUGGAGGCUGGUGAACCCUUGGAAGAAGAAGGAAAAAGUGAACAGUAGAUCUGUCCAUGUAGAUAAUCAAUACAAAGGAUACGCAGAAGUACAACGAACUUACAUCUUAUAGAUGUUUAUUAAAGAUUUGUCUGGAAAUCCUUGUUAUGCUUUCCAUCCAUGUUCUAUUGAAAAAGAUGGUGGGCUGGAUUCAGAUAGAUUUGUGUAUCUAUCUGCC